GCGGGGCCCCCGUUGCUGUAAGGAUGAAGAAACGGGCCGAGCAGAGGGACCUGCGGGGACCUCAGUCCACGCCCACUGAACUAGGACGGGGCGCCCAGCACUGCCAGCCGCCAGCUGCAGAGACUUCUCGGCAGGACGCCCUGGGCCGCGCUCCAACAUCCAGGGGACCCACAGCGUCAGUUCGGAGGUCUUCCCCAGUCAGGACCGACUGCACGGGGCGCCGGUCUCUCCCCCGGCCCCACAGCCCUGCUCUGCAGCCAGCUGCUGCUCACCCCAAAGCCUCAGGGUCUCCCUCUCCUCCACACCCUCCCCUGGGUGCCAACCACCAUCGGGCCGCCCAGUCCUCGCCUCAGGACCUAAGCCUGGGCCCAGCAGACCCAUCCCUUACUUUUCUACUGUGAAUUACCCAUCCCUUACUUUUCUACUGUGAAUUACCCAUCCCUUAAUUUUCUACUGUGAAUUUGUAUUUAGGGCUGGGGAUAUAGCUCAGGGGCACAAGCACCUGCCUGGCAAGCACAAGGUCCUGAGU